GCCGGCCGCGGCUGGGUAUCCCUGCCGAGCUCCUCCUUGGGUCACCCGAGUGCGGGGCCAUGGGCUUGCCCACAGCCUGCCCUCUGGCGACAGUGUUGACACCGAAGAGUGGGAUUCUCCUCUAUGCAGACAAGGAUUUGAACGGUGGAAUUCCAUGGCGGGAGGCUUUGCAAGAAUUUCUCGCUCACCAGCCAUCGCUAUUGAAGGAGGCGAUGAAGGCUUUGCGAGGUCUGGAGGAGAAGGACUUCGAGGAGUCCUCCUGCCUCGUCUCCCUAGAGAUCCUCGAGUGA